AUGUAAAAACAAGACGGAUUGAAUAGUUGAGUAUAAGGAUAGAUAGAUAGCAGCAUGUAUUGAUUAUAUAUACUUGGUGUUCAAAAUUAAGAUCCGAAAAGAGAAGAGGAAAAACGGGAUGGACAUUUUGGAGAUAAUGCGAGUGCCUUACAGGGCAGUGAUAAAAGAGGAAUGGAAGAAAGUGAAAGAAGAAUUAAAAGACAAGACGAAGAUCGUGUUUCCGAUGACGGCGAGCGGGGACACGGCAGUGCAUUUGGCAGUGUACAGCGGAGAAGAGGAGCCGCUGAGAGCACUACUGGGGGAGAUUUCGGAAAUGGACGAAGCGUUCUGGAGGAACAGCGCCGGAAACACGCCGUUGCACGAAGCUGCCACCGUGGGGAAUCUGGCUGCCGUUAAGCUGCUGGUUGAGUACGACAAAGACGAUCUGGUGGGGGAGAAUAUUUACGGGGAAACUCCUCUGUUUAGGGCUGCAAGAUGCGGACAUCUUCACAUUGUAAAUUACAUGUUGGAAGAUUGUGAAGAUCUGUUCUCUCGAUCGUCAAGGAAUUGGACGACUAAGAAGGGUAAUCCCCUCAUUCAUGCCGCCAUUCAAAGCCAAAAAUUUGAGGUGGCUUUGAAACUGAUUGAAUUUGACAAGUCGCUGUUGGAAAUGACGGAUCCAGAAGGCAAAACGGCUCUUCAUGUAUUGGCCAACAUGCCCUUCGCUUUCCGAAGUGGAUACUCCAUGAAAUUCUUCGAAUCAAUUAUCUAUACUCUGCUUCCAAGUGAGGACAUCUACAAAUUUGAUUAUUCAAAAUUUGUGUCUUCCAAGAAGGAUAAUGGUUCUAAAAGCUCCAUUAUAAUAAAUAAGAAUGAUGAUUUAGAAGCUGGAAAUAACUCUAGUCCUCCACAUAAUUUUUGGCAUUCAAAUUGUUGGCUAUAUCUUUUACACUUUUUGACAGGCAUAUUUUGGAGAUUCAUCUUCCUAGGAUGGCCACAAUGGAAAGUUUUGUAUGAGAAAAAGCAGCAGCACAGAUUAGCCCUAACCAUCACCAAGAUGCUUGCUCACGUAGACUUUUCAUGGCGACAAACCCAACUCACACCGCCGGAGAAUACCGAAGUCGACUCCUUAGGAAUCCAUCGUCCCAACGAAGGCAACGGCGUAAACCUCAACAUCUUAAGAACCCAACCAUCAUCCGACCAGAACCAAGGAGAAGUCGAAGACAUCGAAUAUUACGAUCACCACGAAACCCCUCUCCUCCUCGCCGCUGCCAACGGAAUCAUCGAGAUCGUCCAACAAAUCGUCGAAGUUUACCCUCAAGCUGUUGACUACUUAACGGUUCACCAAAGAAAUGUGCUCCAUGUCGCCAUCGCUUACCGUCAAAAAACCGUGUUCAAUUGGAUUCAAAAUCAUAGACUAAUCAUGACAAGGCUCGUCACGCGAAUUGACGCCUUAGGAUUCACCGCACUCCAUCACGUAGGCAUAACCAAAUUCUACCGUGGUGGGACUCACGGCCCUGCUUUGCAACUCCAACAUGAACUCAAAUGGUAUGAACGUGUACAAUCCGAAAUCCCUGCGCUUUACAACAUGCACCACAACAGCAUGAAAUGGACGGCUCGUGAGUUCUUCUACAAGACACAUGAAAAAAUGCUUGAAGAUGCAAAGGAAUGGCUCAAGAAAACGUCCGAGUCUUGUUCUGCUGUCGCAGUCCUUGUCGCCACCGUCGUCUUCGCUGCUGCCUACACCGUCCCCGGUGGUCUCAAUAGCCAAACUGGCUCUCCUGUUCUGCUCACUGAACCUAUCUACAUUGUGUUUACUAUCAUGGACAUUGUCGCGCUCGCCACUGCACUCACUUCCGUGGUUUUGUUUCUAUCGAUUCUAACGUCGUCGUUUAAGAUGGAGGAUUUUCUGCACGCGUUACCGUUGAAGCUCUCGAUUGGAUUCCAGUUGCUGUUUUUCUCAGUGGCGAGUACGAUGAUGGCAUUUGCAUUGACGAUUGUGUUGACUGUGAAGUCGGAGGAGAUGAAGUGGACGGUCAGUUUAUUGUAUAUAGCGACGUUUUUUCCGGUGACCAUGUUUAUAAUAAUUCAGCUGCCUUUGUAUGUGGAGUUGGUUAAGAAUAUUUGGAGUUAUCGCCAUAAUAUUACCAAGUUUCUUCCCAUGGGUUUUCUUGCCCUUUUUUGGAAGCUUCCUUCCAAGACAUUUAGUAGGAAAAUUGUUUGAUUAGCCUUGCCUUUGUAUUUGCAGGUGUCUAUUUAUAAAUGACAUGUUCAAAUUUAA